AUGGACGACCGACCAGCAUCGAGCGCACUGCUGUCGCCGCCAGAACUCUCUCCACUGGAGCAGGAGGUUCUGGACGAGUACGAGAGAUUGGCAGACAAUAUGAAGAAUCUUGCCGCCAUCCUUGACACAAUGGCCGCCCAGCCCACGACCGAGAUACUCGACGGUCUGCGCGAUCUCGAGCGAAAGACGAGUCUGGUGUUCACGCUGCUCAAGGCGAGCGUCUACAGCAUCGUCCUGCAGCAGGAGAUUGACUGGGGUGACCAGGCACAGCAUUGA